AUGGCGAAGUCGAGUGCAAAACCACGUACCAACUUAACAGAGGAAGAACUUUAUGAGAUAGAAAAACAAGAGUUUGAAACUGGUCCUCUUUCUGUGCUGACAAAUGCAGUUAAGAACAAUACCCAGGUCCUAAUCAAUUGCCGAAACAAUAAAAAACUCUUAGCUCGAGUAAAGGCAUUUGACAGACAUUGCAAUAUGGUAUUAGAAAAUGUCAAAGAAAUGUGGACCGAAGUGCCCCGACCAGGCAAAGGUAAAAAGAAGUCCAAGCCGGUAAACAAGGAUAGAUUUAUCAGUAAAUUGUUUUUACGUGGCGAUUCCGUUAUUCUUGUUCUUCGCAACCCUUUGGCUACUGCUGCAGCUGCUCCUAGACCAUAA